AUGAAAAGACAUUUACAUCCUAGUUUUGUUUUAACUGCUUCAAGUCAAAGGCUGUUUGUAUUUACCGAAGCACUAAUUCUAAAUUUUACCAUGACACUCGUAAAACGUGAUGGAAAAUUCCUCUUAGGAAAAGCCACCUAUGCUGUUAGUGCAGUAGAGCUUUCAAUGUUCUACCAGGUGAAUUGUACCAAUUGCAAAAAGAUGAAGUGCCACGAAAAACAAGAAUUUGUAUUUAAGUCAGUUAGUACUUCUAAUCGAAAUCUAAAAAAAGCUUUACUACUAAAUUUUGCUUACCUGAAUGACUCAGAGCCGGUUCUAUAUUAUUUACACAUGCUGUCAUGGACGCCACUGCAGGAGUGA